AUGCCUCGAGCCGAAACCAUGCAGCUCCCCGCGGAGGAGGCGCCCCGCAGCGUCGCGUUCCAUAGACGGCAAGCCCGGCGAGUGCGGCGCACGCUCAGCACGCAGUUCCUCCCUGUCACGACGCUGUAUCAGCUGAUUGUCCAACCGGCGUACUAUUUCACGUUUCUGGCGAAUGUGCUAGUGCACGCGUUCGCGCAGGGCGCGGCAGUCGCCAUAGCAGUGGCGUUCUGGAUGUCGACGGUGGGCCUGGCAUUCCCGCCCGCGCUGCCAUUUGUGCUGCCGCACGCGGUGUGGCAGGGUUGUCUGGUGGGUGCGGUGUGCUGCCGCAACUACCACCUGGAGUACAUGGAGACCUACAUUGCGAGCCUGCUCGUGACGGGAGAGGGGGAGUUCCUGUUUUCGCCGAUGGCCUCGCGGCGGUGGCGGUUCUGGUACUGCGACAUGCCGCUCUUCAUCUGGCACUACCUGAGCUUUUGGGGCUUCCAUAUCCUGCUGCUCGUGUUGACCUUCGUGCCCUACGUGGGGCCGCUGGUGGUGUUGGUGCUCAACAGCAAGGCCACGGGCGCCGCGUACUACGCGCGCGCGCAGGGGUUUGAGCUGACACACGCGCAGCGCCGCGAGAAGUUCGUCGACCUGUUCAUGUUCGGCAGCACUGCCGCCGUGCUCGAGUUCCUGCCCGUUAUCGGCGGUAUUUCCUACACCACCACGCUCGUUGCAGCACGCCGCAUGGUGCGCGCAGACUACACACACGCGGCGCAGACCGCCCGCGAGGCCGCGCAGUCCGCGCGUGCAGCUGCUAACCUGGCCCGCGAGGCUACGAGGUCCAUGCAGACCGCCCCCACCUCGCGCACGGUUAUGGCCGCCCAGGCCGCGGUCUUCUCUGCCCAGGAUGCGGCGUUGGCUGCGGAAGCGGCCGCGAACGCGCGCGAUGCGGCGGCCGCAGAGCGCGCUGCGCGCGAAUUGCGUCGCCUCGCGCAGUCCCCCCGUUCUGCCGUUCUCUCCGCGCGCGCACAGCCGGCCUCGCGCUCCGCCUCGCAGUCUAUGCGCGCUGCCUCGCAGUCCGCGUGGUCCGCAGCCGGCUCCUCGCGCGCCCUCUCGGAACGUGCGCUCUCCACACGCUCCGUCCUCACCUCAGGUCGCUCCGCCGCCCCCUCGGCCUCCUCCAGCCGCCGGCCGCCCUCCACACGUGCGGACCGCGUGAUUCAGCGCUCCAGAUCACGCACGUGA